AGGUACCGCAAACUCGCCCUUAAGAACCACCCGCUGAAGUCAGCUGAGCCAUCUUCAGCAGAGAUAUUCAGGCAAAUAGCAGAGGCCUACGACGUGCUGAGUGACCCUGUGAAGAGAGCCAUCUAUGACAAGUUCGGAGAGGAGGGCCUGAAGGGUGGGAUUCCUCUGGAGUUUGGAUCCCAGACCCCGUGGACAACUGGCUACGUGUUCCACGGCAACCCUGAAAAGGUGUUCCACGAGUUCUUCGGGGGAGACAAUCCCUUCAGCGAAUUUUUUGAUGCAGAAGGAAGCGAUGUGGAUUUGAAUUUUGGGGGGCUCCGGGGCCGAGGGGUCAAGAAGCAGGACCCCCCAAUUGAACGGGACCUCUACUUGUCUCUGGAGGACUUAUUCUUUGGCUGCACCAAAAAAAUUAAGAUCUCCCGAAGGGUGCUAAACGAGGACAGGUACUCCUCUACCAUCAAGGACAAGAUCCUGACAAUUGACGUGAGGCCCGGUUGGAGGCAGGGCACGCGUAUCACCUUUGAGAAGGAAGGAGACCAGGGCCCCAACAUCAUCCCUGCUGACAUCAUCUUCAUCGUAAAGGAGAAAUUACACCCUCGCUUUCGCAGAGAGAAUGACAACCUCUUCUUCAUAAACUCCAUUCCUUUGGGCAAGGCGCUCACCUGCUGCACCGUGGAGGUGAAGACCCUAGAUGACCGUCUGCUCAACAUCCCCAUCAAUGACAUCAUCCAUCCCAAGUACUUCAAGAAGGUGCCAGGUGAGGGGAUGCCACGGCCAGAGGACCCCACCAAGAAGGGGGACCUGUUCAUCUUCUUCGAUAUCCAGUUCCCCACCCGCCUCACGCCGCAGAAGAAGCAGAUGCUGCGCCAGGCAUUGCUGACCUAACUCUGGGGGCUGUGGCUGGGCCCCACCCACCCCGUCCACGCCACCCUACAGCCCUGCAGAUGUGACGUCAGGGUGGAGUGGUGUGGGACCUCUGGCUGACGCAAUAAAGAUUUAUUUCUUAUCCUCCGCCCGUGUCCUGGAGAGGAAUGGUCUUCCCUGCUGGGAACCUGCGUCCUGGCCUGGCUUUGUGCGCAUGCACAAAGUCACGAGUCGUCAGCGCCUCGCGUUCCCACCGUGGUAGCACAGGACAGGGCUACCAGGCUGUGUGACCUCUGAGGAUCAACUCUCGGCUCUGACUUUUCAGAAUACAUGAUCUUCAGAGGGGGGCAGUUUCUGGAAUGUGACAUGUCACAGUACAGUUUGAAAUUUUUUUUUUGGUACUGGGGUUUGAACGCUAGGCAGGUGCUUUACCACUUGGGCCACACCUCCAGCCCAAGACAGAAAAAGUAAAGCAAAAAAAAAGAAAGCACUUGCCCCAGCUCACUCAGGCCUCUGCACAAACCAGUCAUCAGAACCUUAGGUCCACUUUCUGCACUCACCAGCUUGGAUUAGUGGCACACAAAGAGCACAAGUGCGAGCACCAUCUUGGUUUCUACCUCUACAGCCUCCAGUCCUGUCUGAGAUGAGUCCUGGGCUGUCUAGGCAACCCUGCACCACCACUGCCCCCUUGCAGCUGUUAUUGUCCUGUCCGCCCCGCCCCCAGGCAUGAGGAUUGUAGGGUCACUGAUGUGAACGUGCUUGGUGAAUUCAUGCUUACCUUUUGGAAGGGUUACUGUUGCUGCCCACGUGGCCUGCGAGUUUCAGCCUCCAAGUCCCGCCCAUGGCUGUGUGUCCCACACUGCCUCUCCAAAGGCAAAGGCAGGACAUGAUUCCCCUAUCUGGUGUCAG